UUACGAUACAGGUAAUCGUUUGAAAUAUACCGCACAAAAGGUAAAUAUUUUACCUAUGAGGUAGAUCGAGGUCGACGUGUGGGAUAGAGACAACAAAAACAAGAAAUAAUCGCACAAAAGGAUUAACUCAGGAGUCAAAAGAUGAACAACACUUAGAUUAGCCUCGUUAUGGACAAACACGGGGAGGCGCUGAUUAUUGCCCGGGAGGAGGAGGUGAUCAGACAUGGGAACGUGUUGUUUGGACUCGUCAAACCCCGCAGGGAGGGGAAAGAACUCCUGCUGGAAUCUUCAGCAGCCAUGGUCAAUGUCCUCCCACGCAAGAGAAUAUACAGAAUGGGAAGCAGUGACGAACUGGAGACGUUCCGAGCGGAGCUCCUGAAGCGCCCCCUAGUGGUACAACCUACUGUGUUGUCAGGAUCGGGGUUCCAGUCAAUCAAUUGCUUUUUCUCGGUAGAUAGAGAGAACUGGACCGUCAUGAUUAACCAGACUCACCCCAAGAUCCUUGGCCGACUACUGAUGGGCAUUGACGCCGCUAAACGCAUUCUGAGGCGUGGGGAGCCGUUUGUUUUAGAGUUUGUAUUCAGUGACAUCAUUCGUCGGAUGUAUUAUGAUGUCGUAAAAGGUGGGACCAGUUCAAAAUACAAAUACACGGACUGUGAGUUCGGGGAUAUAGUGAUCCGGUACCCCGGGGACUUCCGUCACCAGGGAAUCAAAUGGGAAAUGAAAGCACCCCACAUGCGAUUUUCGUUUGAUGACGUCACUGCGUCAGAGAUUCGCAUUCGAGACAUCAAUGAAGCCAACCGGGAAACUAGAGAUACCCGGAUCAUCGCCCUACCCCGUGAUGAGCUGCAGACGAUACUUCCGGGUUGGACUUUCGACGAAGACAUUGCAGAGGAGAAACCGUACAACUACGAAAAUUAUCAGAUCUGUGAGGAACAAAACCACGCCCCCAUACCGGCAUCACGUGACACAACACGAGAACAAACGGGGAGAAUUCGAGGUCGAUCCAAUCGACACGCACCUGCGCAGAAAUAUGAGGUGACGGUCGAGCUUCACGCUCCACCGCCAUCAAGUUCUUUGACUCAAGAAACAAGUUUUGUUACAAAUCAGCAAAGAGACAGCACAGCUUCUUCGGAAGCUAUCGGACCCAACAGUGGGAACAGAUUUAUGCAUAGAUAUCAGGGCAGCGGAAGUGGACGUUCAGAAUCCUCUAAAGCAGACAGUGGUUAUGAAGGGGAGGUUGAAAACGGAGGUUUUGAGGCACAGAAAUAUGGGAGGGGAGGAAACAAUUCAAAACUCGGGAAAUUUAAUACCCCUAUUAGUGAAAAUCGUGUGCCAUAUGACAACCAUGCAUUCACUCAUGAUAAUGAAUUCGGAAUUCUUCCAACAACCGAUUCAUACCGAGGUGAUGAAUUUGUUAGCAAUCAUCGGACAGAUAGAUAUAACGAUUACUACAGCAGCCAGAAGUCUCCCAAACACAUCGUAUCACGUGAUUAUGACGUUGGUGCGCAUGCGCGACAGUUUCAGACGAUAGAGCAGUUGGACGCAAGGAGUUCUUAUUCCCACGCAAGUGUUAUAUAACACGUGAUUGAUCACGUGAUGUGUCGUUACCUACAACAAUUGUACAUUCCUUACUAUAACAGAUCAUAUUUAUCGUACAUUAUCCAAUUUGUCAUCAUUGUAUAUUAAGCUAAUUGUUUGUUAUAGGGUAUUUAACUUAGCGUAGCUUCCAACGUCCAUGUCGUUUAUGAUAUUCCUUUGUUAUACCUGCUGAAACAGGUGUCGUAUACAGACGUAAUUGGUUCAGGUCGAUUUAUAUUUAUACCAUGAUGUAUAAUGUGAUAAAAUUAAUUGCGAGGAAUUUGUAGAGAUGCCCAUGCAUACUAUGUUUAUUUUUCUUUUGCUAUUAUCCACAUGAACAAUUUCAUUAAUGUACAUUUGGAUGCAUUCAUGGGGUUUAAUGAAACUAACAGUUUUCGUACCUGCUUGGAAAAUGGUUUACAUGGCUCCAACAAUCAUGAUCAAUUGCACAGCCUGAUUAUUGAUUGGUUGAUCGAUUGCAUUUAUCAUAUUUAGUUAUACAUUCUUUUUUUCUUUUCAUGAAAUUUAUGUAAAAUCUAGGAUGCGUUGAACAACUAAUACAAUUGUAGUUGCGAUUUCCAUGGCAGCGUUUUGGUAGUCAAAUAUUAUGAGAUGAUUGAUAAGAUAUUUUUUUUAUAAUAAUUUAUUAAUACAAAGGCAUUGUUUUCCCCCAAAGAUAACCUUUUUUAUUCUAUUGUAUAGAUAUUGAUGUAUCCGCAUAUUUAAGUCUAUGUAUAUGUUAAUUAAUGAAUAAAAACAGACAAUUA